GAAAAAAAUAUCACUACUGUUUGAAUUUGCAAUCAGUUUGGCGGCUACAAUGACUGAGCAACAUCAUCUGAGCAGCAGAGAGUGAAUUUUUUAUUAUUUUUUUAUUUUUUUAUCUAUGAGUGGGUGAGAUCAAGAUCAGGAGUGAGAGAGGCAAAAAAGAGACAGAGAAGGAAAGAGGGAAGGAGGGAGAGAACAAGUGUGCAGCUUUGAGGCAUUCCAUCAUCCACCAAACUCCUGCAGCUUCCCUCUUCCCUCCUCCUCCUCCUCCUGGAGAGAGAGAGAGCAACAGAGAGAGGAAGAGCAAGGAAGAGAGAGAGAGAAGGAGAGAGAAAGAGAGAGAGAGAGAGAGGGAGCAACAGAGAGAGAGCGAGAGAGUCACGCUUACAAGCCAGCGGAGAAGAGACGUCAAGAGGAGGAUCUACAAAGGGAAAAAAAAUCCUUCUCUCUCUUCUGCUGCCUCUCUUCGUGCAUCCUACGGGCAGCGAGGAGCGAAGAGGAGCGAGGAGGAUCCGGCUGGCAUAUUUUCUACGCUGCUUCCCCGCGAUUUCUGUGGCUGUAUCACAGUGCGUGGAGCGCAGGGAGAGCCGCCGACAGCUUGAUCGGUGACAUCGCUCCGCAGCAGAAGAAGAGUACCGUAGAGGAGCCAGGAUGCUUAACAACCUGACCGACACAGAGGAGGGGGACGGGGGAGCGCAAAGCCAGGGCGACAGUAACCCCAAGGAGAGCAGCCCCUUCAUCAACAGCAGUGAUGCCGCCGCAGAGAAGAGCCAGCAGUAUGACGGCAAGAACAUGGCCUUGUUUGAGGAGGAGAUGGACACCAGCCCCAUGGUGUCGUCUCUUCUCAGCAGCCUGGCCAACUACUCCAACCUGCCCCAAGGUAGCAAGGAGCACGAGGAGGCCGAGAACAACGAGGCUGAGUCAUCGCGCAAGAAACCCGUCAAGGCCCCUCAGCUCGGCACUCUGAUGGGCGUCUACCUGCCGUGCAUCCAGAACAUCUUCGGAGUGAUCCUCUUCCUCAGGAUGACCUGGUUGGUGGGAAUCGGAGGUGUGAUUGGGACUUUCAUCAUCGUCUUCAUGUGCUGUGCCACAACCAUGCUGACUGCCAUCUCGAUGAGUGCCAUCGCUACCAAUGGAGUAGUGCCAGCUGGAGGAUCCUACUACAUGAUAUCCCGUUCGCUGGGCCCUGAGUUUGGAGGAGCAGUGGGGAUCUGUUUCUACCUGGGGACCACGUUCGCUGGUGCCAUGUAUAUCCUGGGGGCCAUCGAGCUCCUCCUGAUCUACAUAGUUCCCAAAGCAGCCAUCUUUCCCCUGGAGGGGCUGGAAGGUGCCGAAGCCGAAGCUGCCCUGCUUAACAACAUGCGAGUCUACGGGACCAUCCUGUUGACCUCCAUGGCCACGGUGGUGUUUGUCGGCGUGAAGUACGUCAACAAGUUGGCCCUGGUGUUUCUGGCCUGCGUCAUUCUCUCCAUCCUGGCUGUGUACGCCGGAGUCAUCAAAACUGCCGUCGAUCCUCCCGACUUCCCUGUAUGUAUCCUAGGGAACCGAACUUUGGUGUGGAAGACUUUUGAUGUGUGUGCCAAGACCAUUGAGACAGCUAAUGGGACAGUAACUACCCAGCUGUGGCGCAUGUUCUGUGAUUCACCUUUCCUCAAUGCUACCUGCGACAAGUACUUCACUGCCAACAAUGUGACUCAGGUCCAGGGCAUCCCAGGGGUCACCAGUGGAAUCCUCGCAGAGAACCUGUUUGGGACCUACUACGAGAAAGGGGACCUGAUUGCUAGGACGAACAUGUACUCAGCUGAAGACCAGGACGAUCCUCUGACCAACGCCAACCGCUACGUGUUGGCCGACAUCACCAGCUUUUUCACGCUGCUGGUCGGCAUUUACUUCCCCUCUGUGACAGGGAUCAUGGCUGGCUCCAACCGCUCUGGAGACCUGCGUGAUGCCCAGAAGUCUAUCCCCAUUGGAACCAUUGCGGCCAUCACCACCACCUCCACUGUCUACAUGUCCAGCGUGGUUCUGUUUGGUGCCUGCAUCGAGGGUGUGGUCCUCAGAGAUAAGUUCGGGGAGGGGGUGCACGGGAACCUGGUGAUUGGCACAUUAGCUUGGCCGUCACCGUGGGUGAUCGUGAUUGGCUCCUUCUUCUCGACCUGUGGGGCAGGGCUGCAGAGUCUGACAGGAGCUCCUCGACUCCUGCAGGCCAUCGCCAAGGACAGCAUCGUGCCCGCCCUUCGGAUCUUUGGCCAUGGGAAGGCCAACGGAGAACCCACAUGGUCCCUCCUGCUGACAGCUUGUAUCUGCGAGAGCGGCAUCCUCAUUGCCUCCCUGGAUGCAGUGGCUCCUAUCCUCUCCAUGUUUUUCCUGAUGUGCUACAUGUUUGUGAACCUGGCAUGUGCCCUGCAGACACUGCUGAGGACUCCAAACUGGAGACCUCGCUUCAAGUUCUACCACUGGGCUCUGUCCUUCCUGGGGAUGAGCUUGUGUCUCACUCUAAUGUUCCUCUGCUCCUGGUACUACGCCAUCGUCGCCAUGGCAAUUGCAGGCUCUAUCUACAAGUAUAUCGAGUUUGCAGGCGCAGAGAAAGAGUGGGGUGAUGGGAUACGAGGCCUGUCUCUGAGUGCUGCGCGUUAUGCUCUCAUGCGGCUGGAGGAAGGUCCCCCACACACCAAGAACUGGAGACCUCAGUUGCUGGUGCUGGUUAGCACAGACGCUGAGCAGAAUGUGGAGCAGCCUCGUCUGCUCUCUCUGACCAACCAACUGAAGGCAGGAAAAGGUCUAACUAUUGUUGGGACCGCUCUGGAGGGCACCUACCUGGAGAACUACGAACAGAGUCAGCGUGCAGAGCAGGCGCUGCAUAAACUGAUGGAAACUGAGAAGGUGAAGGGCUUCUGUCAAGUGACGGUAUCCUCGAACCUGCGUGAUGCUACAUCCCAUCUACUCCAGGCCAGCGGGCUGGGAGGUCUGAAACACAACGCUGUGCUAGUCUCCUGGCCACGCAACUGGAAGCAGGGAGACGAGCACCAGACCUGGAGGAACUUCAUUGAGUUGGUCAGAGAAACCACAGCUGCUCACCUGGCUCUGCUUGUCCCGAAGAACAUUUCCGCCUUCCCGUCCAAUGGCGAGCGCUUUACUGAGGGUCACAUUGACGUGUGGUGGAUUGUCCAUGAUGGAGGCAUGCUGAUGCUGCUGCCCUUCCUGCUCCGCCAGCACAAGGUUUGGAGGAAGUGCAAGAUGCGCAUCUUCACUGUGGCCCAGAUGGAUGACAACAGCAUCCAGAUGAAAAAGGACCUGACCACAUUCCUCUAUCAUCUCCGUAUUGAUGCCAUGGUGGAAGUUGUAGAAAUGCAUGACAGCGACAUCUCAGCCUACACAUAUGAGAAGACCCUGGUGAUGGAACAACGGUCGCAGAUGCUCAAACAGAUCAACCUGACCAAGAAUGAACGUGAGAGAGAGAUCCAGAGCAUCACUGAUUCAUCCCGUGGGUCUAUCCGCCGCAAGAACCCAGCUGCUGUGACCACCCAGCUGAGUGUGACUGAGGAUCCGCCAGCAGCCAGCAAGGAGGAGAAGCCUGAGGAGGAGGUCCAGCUCAUCCACGACAACACCACCCCGGCCAGCCCCGCGACCCCAGCCACGCCACUGACCCCCACAGAGGGAGCUCAGAGCCCCGGGGAGCAGAUCCAGAUGACCUGGACUGAGAAGUGUGACGGGGAGCCCACCAAGCCGCCCGGCGCAGCCACACCAGAGGGCAUCAAAGACAUCUUCAACAUGAAGCCUGAGUGGGAGAACCUGAACCAGUCCAAUGUGCGACGCAUGCACACAGCACUCCGGCUGAAUGAAGUCAUCAUGAAAAAGUCCUCAGAGGCCAAACUAGUCCUCCUCAACAUGCCGGGGCCGCCCAAGAACCGGACAGGUGACGAGAACUAUAUGGAGUUCCUCGAGGUCCUCACUGAGGGUCUCAACCGGGUCCUCCUGGUCCGCGGAGGCGGCCGCGAGGUCAUCACUAUCUAUUCUUGAAACAGCAGCCCCCUCCCCCACUACCAACCCUCACCCUCCACCCCUCCCUCAGCCCUGUUCCCACCCUCUCAUCAACGCUGCUUCGUCACCACAUUGCCCCUCGUUUAUUUCUGUAAGAUAGUCCUCUCACACCCAACCAAUAGCUCAGCUCAGCUUCAGCACCUCUCCCUGUGCUCCACCCACCAAUGAGCAGAAUCACAUGCUCAGCUACUAAACCCUUCAUUUUAGUCUCAUAAGCUACUAUAUCUAUUGUAGGCUCUAGACUAAUUUAGAUGCUGUCUAGAUUUGUUCUUAAAGAGACUUUUUGCUAGUCUGUAAUCUACCGUAGUAACUCGCAUUGAGUCGGAGUCACUUAGUAAGGAGGAGGAGGUGGUGGCGGUGGGUGUGGGUUGUUAGCUGAGGUGUGAGCGCACAUGCAUGUAUGUGUCCGUCUUUGUUUUAACUCUGCAGAUUCUUCUGUUUUUUGUUUGUUUUUUUUUCUCUUCGAAAUACAAGUGUGGCAUAGAAGCGGCUUCUGCUCAGAAAGAAAGAGAGCCAGCUGAAAUGAGCUCAGUGUAGGUUCGUCUGUUUAGUUCCCUCGUGGUGAUCGGACACCUCCCACAGCGUUCCAGCCUGUCGUCUUCUGAUGUGAUUUAUCUUUAAAGGCAAAAGACACUGCUACCCACGGUCAGGAUCACCAGCUGGAAGAAGAAAGGAGAAUAUAGUUAAGUAUGAACUAUGAAACUCACAUUGAUAUCAGAAGGAGACUGAAACAACAUGUGGGUUUCAAACCUGCAGAAUUAUCUUUAACCUGAUCACUCCUUAGCAUGAAAUCCUUAUAAAUGUGUGUUUUUACUCCACUCGUUCUGUUACUGCCAUCACUGUCUUUCUACCCAUCCACCUUUCUACUCAUCUCUUAGUGGCUGUUUAUCCCCUUGGCCACUGUUAGUGCCAAAAAAAAAAGUUUCAACAAGGCUAGCUUAGUUUGUAGAGAUUGACACGUAAUUAAACUGUGAAUAGUGCGUUUCCUAGCAGAAGGCUGGUGUGACAGUGCAGUGGGGAGACAGUACAACACCCCCCCUGAGGAGAUUAUCAUUGCCAGCACCCCUCGACCCUCGGUGUGGAUCACUGUAAAUAAUGUACAAGCUCUGGCGCGUUGUUAAGUAUGAGUGUAGUAUUUUUGUGACAUACUAAGAAGCUUCUAGUGGAGAGAAAACGUUCCCUCGCUCUGAGGGACAGCUCAAAAACAUUGUUUUAAAAAUGUAUUUAUUUAUUUAUUUAUUGGAAUUUAUUUAUUGGAUGGCAUAGGCUCCUGUCACUAUGGUAACCGUCAUUGUAACCUCUACAAGCACUGCACCUGCACUGUCCGCCACUGUGCAACAAGUGAAAUUUUGAUGAAAUCAUCAAUAUCAUUAAAAUCAAGAAAAAAAAAUACUAAAUGUUAUUUUUUCAUCUAGAGAACAAAUAUGUAUUUAUGUUUAUAGAUAGCAGUAACACAUAUUGAUGAAAUGGUGGUAUAUCAUUUUGAUUGUCACUCAAAGAUAUAUUGUUGUUUUGCCAAAUUUAGAUACAUUAAAUGUGCCAUAUCAAAGUAUUUUUCAAAGAGACAUACUGAACAAAAUUCUGUUGAUUAAAUCAGAAAGAACAAAGUGUGCUAAAAAGAGAAAAUGGAGGUGUCUACGUGAACCUAGUAAACAGUGAUGACACUGUAGUUGGAAAGUCACCCUGUAGAUGAUAGAAGAAUAGAUGUUCAGACCUCCAUGAAACUACCAACACCCAGCUGUUGGAAGUAGGCAUAUCAGCUCUUACAGAGGUGAAAGUCUGAACGUCUGUCCAAUGAUUGUUUAUAGGGUCUAGUCUAAAUAAAUAGAGAGGACAAUGGCUUCUGUAGCUAGGAAACUCACUUUGUCCACAAGACUGAACUCUAUGCAGUAGACUCUCCAGUGAGAUUUUAUAUCCUCUAGAUUGGCUAAGAUUUGAGCCACACAUGUCCCUGACUGAAUGACUUGUGAGCAAAUUAUAUUUAGGUUUAAAAAAAAAAAGUGCAUCUUGGAAGGAAUGUGCAAUAGUUGAAAUCCGGACUCAUGUGAUCAUGUUAUUUAUUUUUUUACACAUAUAUUUUGUAUAUGUAGAUUUCGUAAGUCUUAUAAAAUCUAGAAUCAUCUCACUCUGACCAAGGACAGCUGUCACUUUACUUUGAUUAUUUCUGUUUCUUUUCUUAAAGAAACUGUUUUUGGUCAUUUGCACUUGUAGUAGAAAUAUGAAUAUAAAUACGUAUAUAUAUACAGUAUAUACAAUAUAGGAAAGCAAAACAAAUUAGUUUCUAGAACUAUUUAAAAACAGUAUUAAAUGUUUUUAGUGUUGCUUGAAUGUCGGACCAUAUGUUGUGAAUGCUGCUAGUAUCAAUAGAUUUAUUUGUACUGUAAAUAGAGAUGACUAAAGCAACAUUAAAGAUCAAGUGAAAAGGGUAUAGACAUACAUAUCAGUGGUGGUGGUUGUCUAACAAGACAAGGCUGUACCUGUAAACAUUUGGCCUGUGAUCUCUGGACAGGGUUAUCUUUCUGUUUUAUUAGAAUACUAUACUGAAUACCUUGAUGCAAUAUUACAGAGGGCAAAUCCUUCACCCUUUUAUUCUCUUUUUAAAAAGAAACGCUCUCGUGAUUAUUAUCAUCUUUAAUCCCAUGAGUAAAGUGAACUAAUUUUAAGGUAACAGAUUAUUAAUUUACAUAGUUUAUUUAAAGAAAAUGCCAAAAUAUGUUUAAAUAUGAAUAUUUCUGGUUUAUCUGCUAAACGUUACUGUUUGCAAAUUUUUAAAAACACCUACCUUUAAACACCUGUGAUACUUAAGAAGAAGCCACUCCUAGUUUUCAAAGAUUUUGGGGUGCCAAGUCAUGAAGAUUUUCUUUAUCAAGCUUGUCAUGCUUAACUCUGACCAAGGGGUCAUUUAAUGCUCACAUAAGUUUUUGAAGAACAUGGCUAUUUUGGGAUUGUCUCCACAACAUUGCCUGCAUCAACUGAGCCUUUUAAAUUUAUUCAAAAGAAAAGAUAUCUGAUGUUUAUUGGAGAAGUUUAUUGGAAAUGAAUUUAUUUAUUGAAUUAUAAAUGUUUUAUAAUUGCUGUUUGCAUGGUACUAUGUGGCAAUAUUUGUUUUAGUGGUUUCUAUAGUGAUGACUUACAUGUUCAAGGUGCAGAGUGGGGAAAGAUGGUUUGUCAAACGUUCUCAUUGAGUUAUGCGUUUUGAGAACUCAGGAGUGUUUGCCGGACAGUCGGCAACAUGGCUAGACCUUGAAAACAAGUCUUUUGCAAAAAAUAAGAAAAAGUAUGAGUUCACUAUAUUGUUACUUGUUAUAUUUCAACCUUGCUCAAAUAGUCUUAUGUAACGUAAUAGGAGAUUUUGAGUUUGUGAAUGAAUGGGCCUUAAGAAUGGUCAUUCCACCUUUGUAAAUAUAUAUCACUUAAGUCAGAGACACUGUAACCUACUAGUGUUGUCUUUUGUUGUACACUGUUCUAUCACUGUGGACAAAGUCUUAGAGUUUUGUAAGAUUAUGUGCAAUAUUGUUCUCACAUGGGUAACUUUUCAUUUUUUUGUCGCAGCUAUGUUUUUAUUUUCUAUAAGCAACCGGAGGUGUCAGCAGUCACUUACUUCAUCAGAAUGUUUGUCACCCGGUCUUACGGACCAUAAAGAUCAAGUGAUCAAAGUGUUCAUCCCAAAUGUGGCUGAGGCAGAAAAGCACUUUACACUGAGGGGGCACUCUGUGACAGGAUCAGUCUGCAGGAGUGGGAGGGGCGAGUGGGUGUCAAACAAGAGCCAGUCUGCUCUGCACAGACUCUAUCCCACAGUGAUCUCUGGUGGCACACGAGUGUAUUGCAGCCAGCUGUGGCGGUCUUGACAGCUCAGACAAAAAAAAAAAAAAAAAUGAUUAUCUUGCUGCAGUUUUGAACUGCAAUAGCCCCAAGACCUACCUGCUGAUUUUGUUUACAUCUUAAUCAUUCAAGCAUUUUCUUUACAUUUUAGCAUGCAUCACAUUCUUUCCUUUUCUCUUGCCAAACUUCUUUAAAAGAAUAAUAGUAACUGUUAAAUUUAUAGUGCUUGUCACUCAAUCUGUGAGGUGAGCCUUCCCAGAAUCCCUCCUCCAAAACCCCCUACCCCACCCCACUCACCCUCCCCUCCUCGCCCCAUCUGUCCCACAAUUUGCCCUGGCCUCCCCCAUCCCAGCCACUAAAUCCACCCCAGCUCUGUAUUUUAAAUGUGAUUGCAGUAUAAUUCUGAAAAAUGAUCAAAGAAUAUAAAACUCGCGCUUCCAAUUCUGGCACUGGCUCCGCUUGGACAUCACGGGAUAGUCGACUCAGAGAAACCAGCACGUCCCCUCUUCCCCCCUCCCCCUAGCUGAUCCGUGAUUUAGAUCAGAUCCUUCGCCUGCACAACUGUAGCAUGAGACAAAACUUUGCCGGUGAUCAUUACUCAGUCUCCAUCCUUAAAUGGAUAUUAAGGGCUCUGAAACACAUCUGUUACUGGGUUGAGGAGGCUGUCCUUUAAGACACCAACAGAGGAAAUACAAAACAAAUCCCAGAUUAUUGCAUAGAGGGCACACCGUCUGUGGCUUAGAUAAGAUCGUGAGGACCUGCCUGUAUCCUUGCGGAAGUGUCAGACAGAGGUGCCUGAUGCUGGGGGUUAAACAGCAGCUGCAUUUACAUUUAACAGUCUAUCUCUCUGGGAGUCAGAUGAGAAAAUCUCCAAGUGGCUAUCCAUGCAGUGCAAGCAGAGCCCUGUCCCAGUUAUGUUGUGUAACUCAGUGCAUGCAUGCAAUUACCCUGAACAAGGUGUAUUGAAAAUAUAUUGGGUGUUUGUGGUAUAAAAGUAUUUUGUUCAUAUUAGUUGCAAACUUUUCUUUCUAGUAGUAAUAUUUGUUUUUCUCUUUUUCCUUAAGACUGGCCAAUCAUUGUAUCCAAGAUGAAUAUUAUUAUAGUACAAGACUCUAUUUUUUAUGGUAGAUUUGUUGACAAGGUCCUCUCAUUGUGUCAAAUAUUAUCUACAGAUAAACUGAUAACCAAAGUAUAUUUCAGUUAAAUGAUAGUGUGAAAAUGCGUGCUCCGGUGAAUUAGACAAACAAGUAAAUACUGUUUACCUUCUUACAAAAAUUUGUAGCAAUUAUCAGUUAAUAGAUAAAAAAUAUAUAUUUAUUUAAAAUGAUAAAACUAAUUGGAAGUGCCAAAGUAUUUAGAAGAGACUCUUGCAAAUCCACAGUUUGCGGGGACUUGCAUGAAAAGGCACUGCAAAACUUAAGAUUAUCCUCUUUUCAGUCACCAACUAUGGUUCAAUAAAUGUAUGCUGAAUAUAAAAAUUUACAGUCACCAAAAUGGGGUUUUUUAUGGAGGCAUCCAGACAACCUUUAAAGGUAAAUUUCAACAUUUUGGGAAAUAUUAUGCUUAUUUGCUUGGAAACAAGGGGAAGUAGCUAGUUUGCUAAAUUCACUGAUCGGCAUCAUAAUGAACAAAUUUUAAUCUGGUUUGUUUAAUUUGUCCAAAACCUAAUGUAAAAAUGACACGAUGCUGUUUAGUGGACUGUAUCUUGGCUGGUAGUCGUUGCCAGGCAACCAGUGGAGGUUCCAGAACUUACUGGUCCUGACCAAGAAAUAGUCCAGUACAUGGACUCCUCACAGCACAGCGAUUUAUAAUUUUUAUGUUUAAGGUUUUUGUAGGGCUUAAAUAAACAUAAAUUAUUCAGAUUUAUUGAUGAGAGUUUCACAUUUAACUUACGCAUUUAACUCUUAGAAAUGUAUUUCCCAAAAUGUCAUUUCCUUUAACAGUUUAUGGCUUUUGAAAAUCCAAAUCCAGUAGUUCAUUUAAAAAACAGUUCCUCCCCCUCCCAAGAGAAACCUUGUCACUGUCCAGGUUUGUUUUUAAUUCACUGGAAUUGUGAGAAACAUUUUUGUGUGGAUGCUUUAAAAAUGUAAUGGAUGUAGAUAUAGAUAAUGUACACGGCAUACACAGAAAGGCACACCUGUAUCAAAACUUCACUAAUAUGAAAAAAGGAUUUUUUAUUUUUUUUUUCCAUUCUGAACAGUUCAUUACUCUUCCUUGAUACUGUACCUAGUCUUAUGGUAAAGCUGUAGUGUGUUCCUUUCAGUUCUGUGGGAGUGUGUAUGUGUGUACAUGUGCACUUGUAACUGCUGGGGGCGGGGGUGGUUGUGGGCGAGGGUGGGAGGGGGCUACAUGUAAAUAAAUCAAGUACAGUUAGUGUGGAGGUGUUUAUUUUUUGUGUCAGUGUAAGUUAAAUAUUCUAAAAUAAAAAAACAUGUAUUAUUCUCUAUUGUGUUUCAUGGUACAUUAAAAAAAGAGAAAAAGUAGUUUUAUCUUACAUUUCAAAUGCUUAUAUCUCUAUGGCUUCUGGCGAUACCCGUUCCAUUUUAUAGAUUUGUCAGCACAAAAUGCAAUAAACCGAUACCAUUUUAUUACA